GUGAGCGGCGGUGACGCAGGGUGGAGGAAGGCGGCGCUCGGCGAACUAGUUGGGAACUGACUAGAGGAACGGAAAAUGGCGGACCUCGAAGACGUUACGCUGGACGGGAGACCGCUCCAGUCCCUCCGUGUGGCGGACCUCAAAGCGGCUCUGGAGGAGAGGGGGCUGUCGAAAAGCGGACAGAAGAAUGCUCUCAUUAAAAGACUUAAAGGGGCUCUCAUGCUGGAGAAUUUGCAGAAGACCUCCACUCCGCAUGUCGGACUGCAGCCCAACUCUCAGAUUGGCGAGGAAAUGAGCCAGAACAGUUUUAUCAAGCAGUAUCUGGCUAAGCAACAAGAGCUCCUGAGGCAGCGUCUGGAGAGAGAGGCCCGUGAAGCGUAUGAAACGAACGAGCAAGAGGGCCACACACAGGUUAACAACAGUACAUCGUGCCCUCCUCCUGCCCAGGAAGUCACACCAGCUGCUCAACAUAAGCCCCCUGGGCCCUCGGAUGGAGAGGGAUUCUUUGGUUCGGUCAAUGCAGGACAGGGGAACAGGAACCAGGAGGCAGACGUGUCCAGCCCCCCUGCUUCCGGCUCCAUGGCUAUGCGAGCUCCUGCCUCAGAGCAGCGGUCAGAGCGAGGUUCUGCCUCCAGCGAGGUUGCAGGCGACAGCGACGACGACGACAGCGAGGAGGAUGGCGACGAUGACGAAGACUGGGGCAGCAGCGCCCCGAGAAGAAGCCUCCGAGAGCCGGCCAGAGUGCCCGCGGCGCGGUCCGGUGCAGCACGCCACCCACAGCCCCAGCAGCAGCACAUCCCCCCUCUUUUGUCUCCUCAGCUCCGGCAGCCAACGCCUCCUCCUUCCCCUCCUCCAGAGUUAUCGUUCCCCUUACCUGACACCCCCAAACAGAGCCCACCGAGUCCCCCUGUUGCCGCGGCCAGGCACUCGCCCAGCUCCUCCAGCUCCGGCUCGUCCAGCAGCGGCAGUCGCAGCAGCAGCCCAGAGCCGCAGAGAAGUGCCGACCGUAAACCCGGUCCGCUUACCCUUCUGGCACGUAAAAUGGAGUCCGAGGGUGCCUUCUCCGGAGGAGGCUGGCAUGGCCCUGAUGGCGAAGGUGACAGGCAAGACAGCGGUUCAGCUUCACUUAUGGCUUUUCCUGGCAAAGGGCCUCUGGAUGGUUUGGGGUCCGCCGGAGUGAUUCCAGGCACACAUUCAGCCCACAUCCAACUAUCUGGGGGUAUACGCAAGGCUGCUGUAGCGGAGGAAAGAGAGAGGGAGCGGGUGAUUGAGAUGGAAAGACAAGAAAAGCAAAGACAACUUGAGCGGGCAGCAGAGGAAGAACGACAAAGAGCCAUCGCACUGGAACGGGAGAGAGAGAGGAUUGAGCACCAGCAAGCUUUAGAAAGAGAGGAGAGAGAAAAACGAGAGCGAGAGCUUGCUCUUGAAAAAGCGAGACGAGAGAGGGAAGAAGCUUUGGCUAGAGAGAGGGAGGAACGAGAGAGGGCAAUGGAGCUAGAGCGGCAAAAAGAGCUUGAAAGACAGAGAGCUUUGGAGGAAGAACGUCUGCUGAAAGAGAGGAAGGAGAAGGAGAAACGGGAGAGAGAGGAAAUGGAGAGGGCAAUGGAGCGAGAAAGAGCCAAGGAGAGAGAACGGCUAGAGAGAGAGAGAGCUCUGGAGGCUGAGCGAAGGGAGAAGGAAAGACUUGAGAGAGAGAGAGCUCUGGAGCAGGAAAGACUGGAGAGGGAAAGGAUAGAAAGAGAGAGAGCUCUGGAGAAGGAGAGAUUGGAAAAAGAAAGACUUGAGAGAGAGAAAGCCCUGGAGAAGGAGAGAUUGGAAAAAGAAAGAAUUGAGAGAGAGAAAGCCCUGGAGAAGGAGAGAUUGGAAAAAGAAAGGAUAGAGAGAGAGAAAGCUCUGGAGCAGGAGCGAUUAGAAAAAGAGAGAAUAGAAAGAGAGAAAGCUCUAGAGCAGGAGAGAUUGGAAAAAGAGAGGAUAGAAAGAGAAAAAGCUUUAGAGCAGGAACGAUUGGAAAAGGAAAGAAUAGAAAGAGAGAAGGCUGAGAGAGAGGCAGCUCUGGAACGGGAGAGGAUGGAGAAAGAGCGAGCUGAGAAAGAAAGGAAAGAACAGAUUGAAAGAGAAAAGGCCUUAGAGUUGGAGAAACUAGAAAGAGCUCAGGCCCUGGAGAAGGAGAAGGCCUUGGCGCAAGAACGUGCUCUGGGACAGGAACAAUUGGAAAAGCAGAUGGUAGAGGAGCAAAAGAAGAAGGCACUGCAUCAAGAAAAAGAGAGAGAUGCUAACCUUCUUCCUCCAAGUGGUGGCAGUGCGCCAGAGCAAGAAAAUGCCCAUGCCCCGGUGGCCCAGAGUGAAUCCCAGCCCUCAGACUCUGGUUCCACACCUCUUUCUCCGCAAUCAUCGUCUAAGAAGUUUCGCUUCCUGAGGGACUCCCCAGCUCGUCCUCAGUCCGGUUCUAUUGUCAUCAAGCGGCCCCGUACAUUUUCUGACACCCCCCAGUCUCGGGCAUCCCCCGUCACUUCACCGACUAGCAUUGGGGGUCAAAGACCAGGAGGAACCCUGACCUCCACCAACCAGGAAGACGCACAGAUUCAGUCCAAGCAGGAUGUUGGCGCCGUGUCUGUAGGCUCUACAGGGACUGGUUCCGACGGACUGAACGCCAACCGCACUGCAGCCCACCCGGGUUCCAGAGAAGAAACAUCCACGGCGGAGGCUACAUUGCCAAAGACUGAAGAGUCUGUUGAGGGCAAGGAUGAAAGGAAAGACUCUUCAAUUUCUGAGGAUAAAAGUGGCAGAGAGGCAAAGAAAGAAGAGAAAAAAGCACGACGAAGAUCAUCGUCAAACGAUUACUCUUCCUCAGAUUCAGACUCUGGGUCUUCGUCUUCUCGAUCAUCCAGUUCAUCCUCAUCUUCUCAAGAUAAAGCGGUCUCCACCUCCAGGAUGAGACAGGAGGGGAAACAUGAAAGAGGCUCGUCACUGCAGGCAGCCGAGCCUCAGUCUGAGGAUUCGAAGGAGAGCCCAAAGGCCUCCCAUCCUGAAAAAGAGCUGCCUGUAGCCAGGAUUAACACCGCAGAUGGAGACGUUCACACUAUGAAGCAAACGGAUGCAAACAGGAAGAGAAAACACAGCGAGAUGGAAGAAGAGGAGGAGGAACAACAAAGGCAGGAGAAAGAGGCUUCCACGGCAGAUCCAGAAAAGUCCUCAGAGUCCAGUGAGGAGACACCGAAGGCUUUCUCCGGACGCAAGAUCUCCCUUGGCAGCAGCAAACAGUCUCCAGGCAACACAGAGGCCGAACACGAGUCGGGGGCUGUGGCAGGUCGCAAGAGGAGGUGGGGCUCCAGCACAGCCGUCACUGCCAAAAAACCUUCCAUCAGCAUCACCACUGAAUCACUCAAGUCCCUGAUCCCAGACAUCAGGCCGCCUGUCGGCCAGGAGGCUGUAGUGGAUCUACAUCCCGAGGAAGCCGCUCUGUCUGGCGCCGAGGAUGAAGACCGGGAACGCUCCGACCAGGACCUUCAGAUCCGACGCACCGUCACGCAGGUGGUGCCUGUCGAGAGCCAAGAGAACGGACAGAAAGAAGCGAAGAGAAUGAGGCGGGAUGACUUUGAGGAAGACGAUUCUCAGGUAGAGGGGGAAAGCGUAGCGGCCCAUGAGGAGCAGAUGGACACGUCUCUCCCAGCAACUGUGGAAACCCAGUCGCCAACACUAGCAAGCCAAGAUACUGAAACCAACACUGUGACACCCAGCGACACCCUCAUCCGUCGCUCCAUCAGCCAGCAGAAAACGGGCGUUUCCAUCACCAUUGACGACCCGGUUCGCACAGCCAGGCAGCCCUCACCGCCCCGAGGCCAAGUCUCCAGCAUCGUUCACAUCUGGAACCUGGUAAGGCCGUUCACACUCGGCCAGCUGAAGGAGCUGCUGAGCAGAACCGGCACUCUGGUGGAGGACGGAUUCUGGAUCGAUAAAAUCAAGUCCCACUGUUACGUCACUUACUCGAGUGCCGAGGAGGCGGUCGCUACCCGGGCAGCUCUUCACGGAGUGAAAUGGCCUCAGAGCAACCCAAAGGUUCUCAGAGUAGACUUCUGCCAGCAGGAUGAGUUGGACUACCAGAAAAACUCCUCGGGAGCAGGCGACAGGCCUGGAGGAGGAGAGGACACGGGAGCCGCCGGCGCCGCCGCCCCGGGACGUGGACGGACGUCAGGCCUGCCGUCGCUUCUCCCCGAGCGGGACCAGUGGGCGGAGCGCGAGCGGGAGAUGGAGCGCAGAGAGCGGGCGCGGGCGGAGCGAGAGUGGGACCGAGACAAAGUGAAGGAGUUUGGGAAACCCGGAGAGGAGAGGGAGGGCGGUGCGCGAAGGUCUCAGUCCAGAGAGAGACGGCGGAAGGAGAGGGGGAAGAGCAAGGAGAAGAAGACGGAAAAGAAAGCCGAGGAUCCUCCUGCAAAGCUGCUGGACGACUUGUUCCGCAAAACUAAAGCGGUUCCCUGCAUUUACUGGCUGCCCCUCACAGAGGAGCAGUUUCUUCAGCGAGAAGCGGCUCGAGCGGAAGAGGUAAAGGAGCGCGAGGAGCGGCGGAAAGAGCGCGAGAAGAGGCGAAAAGAGGAAGUGGAGGAGGAGGAGAAGAAAAAGGAGGAAGAGCGCAAGGAGAGAACGAAAGCGGCGGGCACCUCCGCCGGAAACCGGAGCGAGGGUGAGAAGGACAAGAACCGAGAGCGGGAGAGGGACAGAGACCGAGGUCGAGACAGAGACCGGGACAGGGAGAGGGACAGAGACAGGGAGAGGGAGAACGACAAACGCAGGGACGGGUACCGUAGAUCCGGGGGCGGCGGAGCGGGAUCGAGCCGGCGCUCGCGCAGCCGGAGCGAACCGAGAGACAGGAGGCGCUGACGGGACUGCCAUGUAGACCGCCGCUCCUGCAUUUGCCUUUCACUACAUGUACUUUGUUACAACAAAGACCCAACAGAGGACCAACUGAUGUCAUUUCCCCCCAUCUCUCAAAAGCAUCACUUUUUUUUUUUUCCUUUUUAAAGCACAUCUAAGACCACUGUCAUGCUUACGGAGACCGUGAUGUUUUGCAGUGUUGUUUUCAAUCCGAUUGAGGUUUCAGAUCAUUUCCUUUAUGCCUUCGCUGACGUUUUCUUUCAGUUUUUUGUCCUGAUCACGUAGCAGAACGGCACACUGGACAAUUUCAAACUACUACAAAGUCCACUUUUUCUUCAAAGUCUAGAUGCUGAUUAUACUUUUUUCUUUUUUUUUUUUU